ACUAUGUAUUCCAGUACUGCAUGUAUUCGCUUGUUUCAUCCCGAAUCCUACUUCCUCAUCUCCUUUUCUUUUUCCAAAUAAUCGCGAUUUAACGUUGCACGGUCAAUGUGUUUUGUAUGGCUCCGACAGACCUGUCUGUCCGGCAACGAGAAAAAUCAUGAGUUCCACGAGGGAUACGUACGAAUAUAGCACGUUAGAGGUGGACACAGAAGCACAUACCCGAAACCAAUAUGUCGAGACAUCCCACGCUGCACAAUUACCGGAGGUCAAUCAGAAUGCGACCGAGCAUCUCAGCUACCCCGAAGUAGUCGGUGUUACUGCAGCUGGUGACGCCAUCAAAAGAGAUAUAGAUCCAACCCUUCCAGAGCCGGUGUACGUGCCGGAGACGGGAGCUGAAAAAACGUUGCCCGUCCCCGUACCAGAACGCAGAAUAUGUGGGAUGAAGCGAAAGAUUUUCUGGGCCGUGGUUAUUGGAGCCUUGGUCAUCAUCGCGGCGAUCGUCGCAGGAGUGGCUGCCGGUGUAACAACAAGAAGGACCAUUAGCGAUUCCGAUCCAAACCCGAGCGAUGAUGAGGAUCCGUCCUCACAAGUUGACGAGACCGCUCUCUUCCCCAACACCAAUCUUGCGACCAGCAACUUCACUGAUCAGUUUGGGAAUGAGAAUUAUCUGGUGGUCUACCAAUUAAAUAAUAAGGCCAUUUACCUUUCAGCAUGGAACUCGUCGCAUAAGAGCUGGGUGGUAUCACCAAUAGUCGAUGGAAAGACGAAUAAUCUGGGUUUGGAUAGUGUUAAGAAGGGGACCUCAUUGUCGCUUGACGUGUUCGCAUACGAUAACACGAGACGCGAUAUACACGUGUAUUGGCAGCUACCAGACAGCGGUGGUCUAUCCACGAUUAAGGCUUUGACAUACACUAAUGACAAGGGCAUCUCGACACAAUCGAGUCUUCCAACUGCAAAUUGGGUAGAUUCGAAAGCCGGAAACAGUUAUAUAUCUACCGCUGGCUCGGCUCUUGUCUCAUACGGAAAGCAAUGCGACUUAUGUAACCAAUACACCUAUUUAUACUGGCAGACAGCAGGUGGAAUAAGAGAAGCCAGCUACCAGAAUGAUAGCAGCGGGUGGUAUAGUAACACGAAUGUCAUUCAGGUCGACCUGACCGCGCCCGCAGAAAACGCCUCUCUUGUCCAGGCCCAUGUGGCCGCCGCCACGACCAGUGGCCAUAGGAGCAUGAAUCUCUUCUACCGCUCUAUUACCAGCGCGCUAUCUCAGAUCGUCAAUGGCGAUGGUCGAUACGUAGGGCACUACCUAGGACGGGAUAUCGGGCCCCAAACAACUAUUGCCGCUUUUUCGACAGGGUUCAACGAGACGAGCACGAACUGGCCUGAGCCGCUAGGCUUUCAGGUUCUCACCAUGGACCCAACCACCGAUGAUGGAGUUCAAUUGACAUACUACAAGGGAGACACAUGGACUAAGGUGGACGAAGAAGUUGGGGAUUUAUCAAACUGCAAGGAACGCGGGACGAUGGUUGCCAAUCACGCCCGGAGGAUAUAUUGCCUGGAAGGCGACAACGACGACAACGUGACGAUCGUCGAAUACGAAUGGCGCGGCGAUCCUAGCGAUACAUCGACGUAUUCAAAUUACCAUAGAGUAGGAGAUGUGGAUGUUAGUGUAAAAUAAUGGAAGCCAGAAAUUCGUACGGGCAUUUAAUCAUAUCGGGUAUCGGAUCAUAACUUAUACUUCAGAGCGAAGACAACGUAUCAUAGACAUACAUACAUGUGUACUUCGAACACGAUCCUAUCCCUUCCGGAACUAGAUCCUAGGGUACGACGUUUUUAGAAUAA